GUUACUUCGAAGAGCUAUACUUGCAGGAGCGUAAUCCAAAAAUAAACUAAGUGCAUUAACGUCACCAGAACGACAAACUAUAAAUGCAGCGACCAAGUCUGAAGCUGAAGAAGAAAAGCGUACGAGAAACGAGUAUCAAGAAGAAAGAGAGGGAAGUUGGUGGAGGUGGAGGAAGAGGAGAAGAAGAAGAAGAAGAGGCCUUAGAAGAGAAACACGAACUGGCAAGAACUGAAGUAGGGAGAAGGAGAGAAAGAAAGAUAGAUAUAGUGAAUAGGAAGAGUAGCAGCAGCAGCAGCAACAGCAACAGCAGCAGCAGCAGUAAAAGCUUCCUUAUAACAGCAUCUACGAAGCUUUACUUCUAUUCGUGAGCUAACGUUUAAACGUUCAUAAAUCGGCAACUCGGAGGGGAUUUUACAUGCGUCAUCGUUGUACGGGUACAAAUCGCACGCGCUUCGACGUCCCGACGACAGUACACGUGCGCAACGACGUACUACGUCGGCCCUGUGCUGGUAAUACGGAACGUCUCAGUUCUUCUUCUUCUUCUUCUUCAAGGACACGCAGUGAUAAAUGUGGUACUGCCGCGAAUGACACCAACCGCGUUCUCCAAAAUGAUUGUCUUAUUCUUCUGCCUCAUACUCCUCUGCAAAGGUCAACCCGUUGUACAAGUACCUGGAGAAAAUUCAACGGUCACGACAGAUGUUGAACAAAUUACGUUAAAAGAAAAUGAGACGAGAGAUCAAUUAAUGAACGAUACCCUUCAAGGAUCGCCAACACCGGUGCACUUUCUUCACGUGCCUAAACACACUGAAACGCAGCUUGGCUCGUCCGUUCUCUUACCAUGUAGAACGAUGAAUCCCGUUGUUGAAUGUCAAUGGUCCUGGCAACCAUUACCACCGGUUCAUCUGCCACUUCCGGAUAUUAGCGAGAGUCCAAACGACUCUAUGACAACGACAAUGUCAUCAACAUCAACUACGUCAGCCCCAACAGCACAUCCAUUAGCAGUAAGACGAUUUCCAGCUUUUGGAAAUAGUAGCAACGAUUGUUCAGUACGAUUUUCAAGUAUGAAGCAUGAACAGACUGGAUACUGGACUUGUGCCGCAAGGAAUUCAACGAACGAUCCUUUCACUGCCACAGCACCCGCCAAGUUAACCAUCGUUAACGAUCAAGGAUCCCUCAUUACCUUUGUUAAACACGAAGAAGCGAUAGAGGUUGUAGCAGGCUCAUCAGCACAAAUAAUGUGCAGAACGAAGUUACCUGUACGCGAGUGUCAAUGGUCCUGGCGAAGAUUAGACCAAUCCGAAUCUUGGAACCUAGAAGUAAAGAGAUUUCCAGCCUUUGGAAACGAUAGUACCGACUGUAGCAUCAAAUUCAAAAACGUUCUAGCGGAACAAGAAGGCUAUUGGACCUGUGGUGCACGUAUAGAUCCAAAUUCGUCAUUUGUGCGAUCGAAUCCAGUUCGAUUCUUGAUAUCUGAAGUUGAAUUCGUGCAACUAUCUCGCGGCGUACAAGUUGCUGCCGGUGAAUCCGUGCUGCUAAGGUGCUUGGUCAAUAAACCCGUAAUACGCUGCGAGUGGUCCUGGAGAUCAACGAACUCGAGUAAGGAUCCCUUGCUUGUAAAGACGUUCGCUCCAAAUAAAGAUGCCGAUCACGACUGCUCCGUACGAUUUAAAAACAUCAUUUACGAGGAAGAAGGAUUAUGGACUUGCGGAAUUCGAUUAUCACCUGAUGGUAUACUCCAUGAAGCACCACCAGCAACUGUUAGUCUUUUACCAUCGGCUAAAGUUAAUUUGGUGGAAAUACCAACGGAUACUACAGUACCUUUAGGAACCGAAGUUACCUUGAAAUGUAUUACCAGUAGCCGGGUAGAGAAAUGUGCUUGGAGUUGGAAACCACUGCAUGGAAACGAUCCUGAAAUCGUGCUUCGAGAAUUCCCAAGUAACGGUGAUCUUGGCAGGGAUUGUUCACUCAUUCUUCCACAUGUUCAUACCGAGGAGCAAGGAUUGUGGAAUUGUCAGGUAUCCAUACCGUCACUUAAUACAAUGCUGUCCUCUCCAUUCGUCAAACUGUUAACAUUCGAACAAGAGGAAGUGAAAUUUUCAGAGCUCUCACAAGACAUUCAAAUAUCAUCCGGUGGUACCAUACUCCUACGAUGUGUAACGUCAUCGCCAGUAGAACAAUGUCGAUGGUCCUUGACACCAGUUAAUUCUAAUACUACCGUAGUUGUGAAACAAUUCCCAGCAGCUGGAAGCGAGUCAAGGGAUUGCAGUGUCAGGUUGAGUCAUGCCCUAGCCGAGCAAGAAGGUCUUUGGACCUGUGGCGCCAGAAUACACGGUCGUGAAAAUUACACGGAUGCACCACCAGCAAAAUUAAGCCUCCUCGAGCCAGAACCUGUGAUAGUCACACUUUGGGCCGCUCCUCACCAGAUGGUCACUUUGGCUUGUAAACUAGGACAAGUUCCUGUAGAAGCUCAAUGUCAUUGGAUACACGAACCAAAUGUUUAUAUACAUCAAAAUGUUAAUAAUACCGGAAAGAAAGAAAGGCACAAUCUUCAAAUGAAUUAUUCUACUGGGAUAUGUACAAUAGAAUUCAAACCUGAUUAUUCAGAUCUAGGACGAUGGACUUGCAAAUUUACAAAAGAUAACAAAAAUAAGAAUAUAGAAUUGGGAAGUGCGACACUCAUCUUACUUAAUACACUUUCUGACGAAAAGCUUGGAUGGAUUGUUGGUGCUUUAACCGCUAUUAUUUUAUUUUUAAUGAUUAUCGUAGUAGUUCUAGUAGUUUGUAAAACUCGACUUUUUGUACGUCGAUCACCAGAAAUAUUAGAAACAAUGCCUGCUUCAAAAAGAGAACAUUUCCAAUGCACUAAUGAUAGAAGAAUAGAACACGAUAACUACAGUAAUACAAAUAAUAUUUUUCCAAAUAGAAGCCCACAUUUGUAUGAAAGAGUAGAAAAAUAUAAUGUUGUAACACCAAAAUUAUAUGAAAACUUUGGAUUGUAAAUUUACAUUUAUCUAUCAA